AGCGGGGAUUUCGUCACCUCACCUGAAAUAAGUCAGGUGUUCGGAGAGUUGAUAGGAAUAUGGUAUAUUAGUGAAUGGAUAGCCACGGGCAAACCUAAAGCGUUCCAGCUGGUGGAACUGGGCCCAGGGAGGGGCACUCUUACUGAUGAUAUAUUACGGGUCUUCAACCAGCUUGCCUCUUUACUUAGUAAAUGUGAUGUCUCUAUUCAUCUGGUAGAAGUGAGUCCCAAACUCAGUGAGAUCCAAGCGCUGAUGCUGACAGGAGGGAAGGCGCAGUCAAACCCCGAGGACAAGUCCGCUUACAUGGAAGGAGUUAGCAAGACUGGAAUUCCCAUUUUCUGGUACAGAGACAUUCAAGAUGUGCCACCAGGUUACAGCUUUUACCUAGCACAUGAGUUUUUUGAUGCCCUGCCAAUACAUAAGUUUCAGAGAACAGAGAAAGGCUGGCGUGAAGUGUUGGUUGAUAUAGAUCCAGAAGUUCCUGACCAGCUGCGGUUUGUCCUGUCACCAUCCAGCACCCCCGCGACAGAAAACUUUAUUCAGCCUGAAGAAAUGAGAGAUCAUGUCGAAGUGUGUCCUGAGGCUGGUGUCAUCAUUCAGAGGCUCGCCUGUCGUAUAGAAAAGGAUGGCGGGGCUGCACUGGUUGCUGAUUAUGGUCAUGAGGGAACCAAAACUGACACUUUCCGGGGUUUCCGGAAUCACAAACUUCAUGAUGUGCUGAGAGCUCCAGGUACAGCAGACCUGACAGCAGAUGUUGAUUUCAGCUAUCUUCGAAAGAUGACACAGGGAAGAACAACCACAUUAGGCCCCAUAAAACAGCGGGAGUUUUUAAAAAACAUGGGCAUUGACCUCCGAUUGCAGGUGCUCUUGCAGAAUUCACGUGACACAGCAACUCGUGAGCAGUUACUUCACAGCUAUGAUAUGCUGAUGAAUCCCAAGAAGAUGGGGGACUGUUUUAACUUUUUUGCCUUGCUGCCUCACCACAGACUUGCACAUCCUGACAAGAAACAUAAGCCAGAAUCAAAGUCUCCCUUACCACCUGUUGCUGGAUUUGGUGAACUCCUACUGAAGUAAUUUCAAAUACUAUAGCAAAA